CAUCACACUUAUUCCAACUCAGCCACGACCUGCCACUGGACAGAGAAUAAAUUUAGCUGGACAGAGAUAAAUCUAGCUGAGACCAGUUAAUAUGGUCCUUCAAGACUUGGGGCGGCGCAUCAAUGCCGCCGUCAGUGACCUCACAAGGUCCGCCACGUUAGACGAAAAGGCCUUUGAUGAUAUGAUAAAAGAAAUCUGCGCUGCACUCUUAUCCGCAGACGUCAACGUUCGAUUAGUGCAGAACCUGCGCAAAUCUAUCAAAUCUAGUGUCAACUUCUCCUCCCUUCCCACUGCCGUCAACAAGAAACGUCUGAUCCAAAAAGCCGUCUUUGAUGAACUCGUCGCGCUCGUCAACCCGCACGCCGAACCAUUCAGACCGAAAAAGGGCCGUGUCAAUGUGAUCAUGUUCGUGGGGCUCCAAGGUGCUGGCAAGACAACGACAUGCACGAAGCUCGCUCGACACUACCAAAUGCGAGGCUUCAAGACCGCGCUCGUCUGCGCAGACACCUUCCGCGCCGGCGCUUUCGAUCAGCUGAAACAGAAUGCCAUCAAAGCCAAGAUCCCUUACUACGGCAGCCUGACGCAGACGGACCCCGUGGUCGUCGCCGCCGAAGGCGUCGCGCAAUUCAAAAAGGAGCGGUUUGACGUGAUCAUCGUCGACACGAGUGGUCGCCACAAGCAAGAAGAAGAUUUAUUCGAGGAAAUGACACAAAUCCAAGCGGCUGUCACGCCAGACCAGACCAUUCUCGUGCUCGACAGCACAAUCGGCCAGGCCGCAGAGGCGCAGUCAUCGGCGUUCAAAGCGACGGCAGAUUUCGGUGCGAUUAUUAUCACAAAAACGGACGGGCAUGCGGCUGGCGGUGGUGCCAUUUCGGCCGUUGCUGCGACGCAUACGCCGAUUAUCUUUUUGGGUACGGGUGAGCAUAUGAUGGAUCUGGAACGGUUUGAGCCCAAGGCGUUUAUUCAGAAACUGCUGGGAAUGGGUGAUAUGGCUGGGUUGGUCGAGCAUGUGCAGGCCGUGACCAAGGACUCGGCAGGCGCCAAGGAGGCAUACAAACACAUCACUGCGGGGAUCUACACAAUACGCGAUUUCCGUGAGAAUAUAACAUCGAUUAUGAAGAUGGGCCCAUUGUCGAAACUUUCUGGCAUGAUUCCCGGUCUGUCCAACAUCACAGCGGGCCUGGACGAUGAAGACGGAACUAUGAAGCUGCGUCGCAUGAUUUACAUUUUCGACAGCAUGACUGCGGCCGAACUCGAUAGCGAUGGGAAAAUGUUCGUCGACCAGCCCAGCCGAAUCGUGCGCAUUGCGUGUGGCAGUGGCACGACGGUGCGCGAAGUCGAGGAUCUGCUCUCCCAGCAUCGCAUGAUGUCUGGCAUGGCGAAGAAAGUCGGUGGCCAGCGCAAGCAGAUGCAGCGCGCGCAGAAUAUGCUCAAGGGCGGGAAUAAGGAGCAGCAGAUGGCGGCGAUGCAGAAGCGCAUGCAGUCGAUGGGCGGCGCCGGUGCCGCGGGAGGCAUGCCGGGUAUGAGUGAUAUGGCGAAGAUGAUGCAGAUGUUGCAAGGCCAGGGAGGCGCUGGAGGAAUGCCUGGUAUGGGUGGCAUGGAUUUGCAGAGUAUGAUGAGCCAGAUGAGUGGGCUUAUGGGAGGGGGUGGUGGUGGUGGUGGUGGUGGUGGAGGCAGAGGACGAGGCCGAUGA